GUGGUUGGUGUGGUCACGUGAUUAUGCGCGAGCACCGGAGUGAUGUUUACGUUUGUGUUUACACGUUUACAGCGUUUACCCAUUUACAGUACCAUAACAGUGCACGUUGCUAUCACAUAAACGUUUAUGCCAUGCUUACACCGUUUACACCGUUUACACCAUCUACCGCCGGACACCUGAGUUCAGCGUUUAACCGUUAGCCAGUUUGGCGAACGGUGGUUUAGCGCUGGCCGUUCUCUGUUCAGGCCGUUCAGUCGUAUCAACGCGGCUAGGUUGCUUCCCGUUUUUUGUUUUCGCUGUACGCGUUAUUCGCAUUAAGUGCAACAUGGAGAAAGGGCAACAAUUCUCGAGUUUUGCGGAGCUGGCCACGGCGAUAGCAGAGUUCCAAGACGCCAACUUCGUCCAAUUUUGGAUCAACUCCAGCAGAACGAUUGCCGGGGCGAGGAAGAAAGGAGUAAAGCGUCACAUCAACGAGGAACUGGUCUACACCGAAAUCACCUAUUCCUGUACGCACGGAGGGCGGAAGUACAAGUCGCAAUCCACGGGAGCUCGACCCAACCAGAGGACGUACAGGAUUGGCUGCACUGCCAUGAUCCGGGCAGUUGCCUCGAAAGACGGAAAGCACCUCGUGAUCACGGUCAUGGACAAUGAACAUCAGCAUCCAGUGAGCGAGGCUUGCUACAGGCAGUUCCCGAAGCAGCGGCGACUGGCCGGCGACCCGCGUCGGGAAGCUCGAAGAGUGCUUGCUCUCAUGGCCAACAAGACUGUGGAUGGCGCCGGGAACAUACUCCGCUUGAGCAACCACAACACGAAGACAGCAAUGACACUAGAGCAGUUGCAGGGCCUCGCCCUUGAUGCUAUCGCGACACAGGUACGAAGCACCGGAGGCACCAUGGAAAUCCUAGUCACGAUGGACAAUGCGGUAGUAGGGGUCUUCUACCAGGACGAAGAGAUGAAAAGUACUUUCGCGAGCUAUGCCGAAGUACUGUUCGUGGAUGCUGUCCGGAGGACCGGCGAGAGGAGGACGCCUCUGCACGUGGUGGCCACGGAAGAUUCCAACGGAGAAGUGCAGGUCGUAGCACUCUUGCUCUGCGCGGAGGAGGAUGAAGAAACCGUCAGGGCCGUGUUCCAGCGUCUCCGGGUCCACUGCGACCAGACGGACAAGACACAGACCAUUGUGACGGACAGGGACUGCAUCUUGAGGAAGGUUCUGGGAGAGAUCUUCCCCAAUGCCGAGCAGAUCAUCUGCCCAUUCUACGUGCUCCACAGUUUCAAGAGGGACGUGACCAUGGACAAGAUGGGCAUCAGCUCCCAGCAGAGGACCCACCUGCUGAAAAUCCUUCGGUCCAUGUGCUUCGCGGACGGUGAGGAGGACUACGGCAAGAAGCUGGAGGCCCUGGAGGCGACACUGUGCCCAAAGGUGCUGGACUACUUCCUGUCUAACUGGCACGACGUCCGCGCCGAGUGGGUGCAGGGACUCCAGCAGACGACCAGGCUGGGCAACCGGACUACCAACAGGGUGGAGUCUGUCAACCAGAAGAUCACUAUGGCGGUGCUCCGGUACGAGUCGUUGCCGCAGCUCUUUGAAGACCUGAUGGUUGUCACGAUGGGCCUCCGCAUCGAGCGGGACCAGCGGGCGACUGCGGUACUCAUGAAGACGUGUACCGUUCCAAACAGCACGGAUGACGAACUCAACUUUUGCAAGCUGCUCACGCCCUACGCCUUCAAGGGGGUAUCUCAGCAGCUCAAUGCCGCAAAGACCAUGACGACCGUUGAAGAUCCGACGGCGUCGUGUGAGUCCUGCACGUGUCGCUUUGCAAGGUCAGUCCAGUUGCCCUGCAGACACAUCUUCUUCCUGAGAAAACAGAACAGCUUUCCCCUGUUCUUCCCCAAAGGCAUCGCUGCUCGCUGGACAAGAGACUACUACCAACGAGCCUGCCGGCUUUUCACAGACAGCGAUGAAGUCUUUGCAUCUGUGGAGAUGUGCGACAUCUCGGUCAUGGGACAAAGAACCCUAUCUCAAGUGCAGAAAUACCGAGAAGUGAGCACGCUGCUCUUGCAGGUGUCGGCUAGGAUAGCCGGACUUGCGAUGACAAAGUAUGAGAGGUAUCUGGACGUGAUCAAACAGCUGAGGUAUGCAAUAGAAAAGGGCCAAGAUGUCUCCCUAGCUGAUUCCGAGCCUGACAGCGAAACCCUCUUACCGUGGGAAUGAUGAAAGGAGCCUUACUGAUGUAGCUCACGGCUCAAAGGUUUUUUGCUGCAAGGUUUUUUUGUUUGUUUGUGAAAGGGCAACUUGUCUCAAUUUAGAAGAUUUUGGGAUAAUGGUUGAAUUCGCAAUAAAAAGCCCUAGUAAAAGACACUAUGUCAUUUGCUUCUCA